AUGCGCGCCGCCAGCGACGCCAGCAGGACCACCAGCAAGUGGGCGUCUCGUGCAUCGCUCGACCCGUUCGCCGGUGCGUCUACUGACCCGUUGGACGUCCAAAACGGCGCCGAAACGGCCGCGUUAUCGCCGGAUCAAGCCGACGACGGCAAGGAGAACCGCAUCCCGUCCAGCGGCCGCAAUUGGGGCCACCCGAACGUCUCCAUGAGUCGCGGACACCGACAAUCACUCCUGGAGGCGCAGCUGCUGCCCCCAGAGCUCAAUUUCGAGGCCUCCGCGCCGCUGUCGCUGCUCGGGAAGCGGCCGAACCCAGACAAGCGCUCGCCCGCUGCCCACAGAGCGUCCCAGAGCGACGAUGAAUCAGAUUCUGAUACCGAACGUGCUGCGCGGAACCCGUGGGUAGCGUCUAAUGCGGUGGCGCACUUCGAACAGCGCGCGCUGGAGCUCCAUGGAUCGUCGCUGGAGCUGGAACACACUGAGGACGUUGGCUCCGGCUCGGCCACGAUGCUGGUGGACGACUUCAGCCACUUGGGACAGCUGCGCUUCGGCGCGGUCCCUCUGGGCGAGAGGAGGGGCAGGCAACUGACGCUGGAGAAUGCCAGCGAGCUGGGCAACGCUCGCAUUAAAUAUGAAGGAUACACUCUCGUGCGCGACGGAUCGGGUGUGGAGAAUGCAGCAGCGACCAAGUCGAGGUUUAAGUGUGACUUGCACGUUUGUGUGGUGGACGCAAUGAAGUCCGUGACGCUGAGAGUAACGUUUGAGCCGCAACAGGGAGAUGUAGGGCGAGAGGUGACGGCCAUGCUCAGGUUUACCGUGAACGAUCGCUUCAAGUUGCAGUGCAGAGCCACUGGGUCGGUCACGCCGCGUGUGCCGAAGGUGGCUAGGUUCGGACGGUCGCGUCCCUCUCGUUCGGUGGAUACGGUGGUAGUGGUGUCGAGGGAGAAGCAGACGCGGCCGCCUAGGACACCUGCGGUGAAUACCAGACAGAUGACGUCGGAGCCGAGGAGUACUGCGUUCACCAUUUCUAGCGCGUUGAGUGCGGGCCACCACGAGCCCGAACAGGAGCCUGUCGUCGUCAGGCCGAGAGCACAGGUUGGCGACAAACGCCCCUCAUCGAUGUCGAUUGAGUUUUCGCCGCCUCGGAACGGACCGAAGAGAAGGAGAAGUGAACCGCGUAUGGGUAUGACUAGGGUAUUGACGCCAAGGAAAAUCCUCGGUGCCGGACAAGACCCACCAUCCGCGAAGAAACGUUUCUCUGGGUCCUGGUGGAAACAGCGCCAGGAGGUGUACGACGAGAACUGGAUGGCAAAGCAGACUGAAGGUUUCACGAAAUGGAUGAAUUACGUUUUAUUAGAUGGAACCGCACAGCGUCUCAGUGGAGGCGAUGCGGAGGAUGAUGCCGAGGAACAGGGCACAGGAGCAAAGCGCAGGUUUGAUUUCUCGUCGCUGCGGGUGCUGGCUCAGAAACGCAUGGAGUCGAAAUGGGCUCAAGCAGCAGUUGAAUUAUACCAUUCUCCAAGCAUGGACGACAUUUUGUUCAAUCUGCAGGAUGAAAUUGGCAACCAAGGGCUACUUUUCCGCGCCGACCGUCCUGUAUACGCAGACGUUGGGCUACAGGAAGAGCUCAUUGGCCUGCUGAACAACUAUCAUCCCGUGUGGCUAUGCUUGGGUCUCUACGCUGUUCUUGGAAACCAGGUCAUGAGGCAAGAAAAGUGCUCGCUGCGAACAAUUUUCAGCAUCACUACCGCGAAGGCUACCAGAAAAGGGAAACAAGAGUCGCCGCCAGACAGAAGGAUGCCCCAAGUAUUGCGCCGGAUCAUUUUGAAACAUUUGGUCAAGGAUUCGCAUGUUGCCCAAAAUUAUCGCUUGGUGAAAAAUCUGUUGACCCCUAUGGAUGGUUCCACUGCGGACCGCAACGACGGUGGUAACGCCUUCAAGAACACGAAGAAAAAUAUCAACGGCCGUGAAUACUUCGACUCGCUGACGCAGUCUUUUAUGUUGAAGUUCUUCAUGCUCGUGAUCUUUUUGGAUCGUGCGAUCGAGCACAAGGCAGACAAAUUCCCUCAUUUUCCCUGCCUCUUCCGAGUUGCACCAACCAACAAAAAGACUACAUCCAGUAAAGCUUCGAGUAGCAGCAACGUCGGCCAACAGAACAAAGCCAGCGGUGCUGGUGAGGAGCUACGGGUGAAAAACUCGCAGGUGUUUGUGACCGAAUUCUGCAGACUGUUUUUGGCAAGCGAGGGUCGUAUCGACAAGCAUUUGAAGCAACUGGGCUACACGCUGAGGCACGAACAGACGGCAUUGGAUGAGAUUGAUCUAGAAAUCAAGAGUUUGGAGACAGACAUGCGCGAUGGUGUCCGACUAGCUAAACUCAUGGAAGCACUCACAACCUCUCCGCCGACCCCUUGUACAGGUCUGGAUGGAGAGAGCGUUUCCAAGCCGAAGGGAUUAUCAUCCUUCUUGCGCGUGCCAGCUCUGUCGCGCUUGCAGAAAGUUCACAAUGUGGAGAUCUGUCUGCACUUCUUGCAAGAUAAAUGCGGUGCAAGCGUGCUGGAUAACCUAAAGAGCAGCAGUAGCAAGGAAAGCAAGCACAAAAUAAGUGGGCGCGUGCGGGUGUCCUCGUCAGGAUUUGCUGGUUUGCGCAGCAAGGUGGACGAGAAAAUGAUCGAGAACCUGGCGAAGGACAUCGUGAAUGGUCACCGCGAGAAGACUCUCGCGCUGUUGUGGAAGCUCAUCAGUUCUUUCCAGCUGCAAUCGCUUGUGGACGCCCAGACAAUGAAACGGGAAACAGAGAACGUUGUCAAGCGGAUGAGUUUCCGCGCGAAAGACUUUUUCGAUCGUCAGCAGCGAAACGCCCCUCUCGUGCACGCUGAUGAACACGAAUGCUACGGGUUGUUGCUGGAGUGGUGUCGUGCCGUUUGCGCCAAUUACGAUGUUGGAGUGGACGACUUCUCUCGAUCUUUUGCCGACGGAAAGGCGUUAUGCUACCUUCUUCACUACUAUCAUCCGAUGCUAUUGUCGAAAUCGGACAUGCUGCCGACAACAACUGAUUUACGUGACGAGGAGAAUAUCAGCGAGAAGAUCCUCUUGUCAAAUGAACAGCGGCAUUUUGCUAUCAUCAACGAUCGUAUCAAGCAGCUUGGAGAAGUCCCGGUGCUAAUGCCACAACAGUACAAUACGAAGAACCCGCCCGAAGAGAAGAUGGUCGUGACGUUCGUCUGCUACUUGCAGUCACGCUUGAUGGAUUCCUACAGUGAGAUUCACGCUGCAUCGAGAUUGAAGCGUUGGUGGAAGAGCCCACUGAUUCGCUUGCGAUUGCACCGAAAGAAGAACAUCAGUGCGCGCAUCAUCCAGCGAUUCUGGUACACGUCCAGUCAGAAGCGAUUGGCUAUCCGUCAGUGCCGCAAACUCUUGCGAGCAGCUCAUCUCGUGAAAAGCACCUUCCAAAUGUGGGUGGCCAGGAUUCAGUUCCUACGGUUGCGAAGAUCUGUGGUGGCCAUCCAGCGAGCAUUCCGUGCUCGACAGCAACUGCGCCUUAAUGGAGAUUCAGUAGGCGCUGUUCUUGUAAUUCAGUAUCGCUGGAGGAAGCAGCUGAAGUGGAGGCGCGAAAAAGAGCGGCGACUUCACGAGACUCGGCAACGGAAGGCCGCGCAACGUAUUCGUGUGAGGGCAAGCUGUGCUAUCAUCGAAAGAAACUGGUUGCGGUAUUUGUCCAGGGAGGGAGCUCGUCUGGUACGACAACAAAUGAUCGCAGAUCGGCACCUAGCUGCUACCCGAAUUCAACUUGCAUGGAGGCAAAGUCUCAUGCGUGCUGCUGCACGAAAGCAACGGAAGCAGGAGUGGCAGCUAGUGCAUCGUGCAUCUCAAGUUAUCCAGCGUGCUUGGAACAUUUUCCAGUGCCGCCGCGAGGCGACCCAGCGAGCGCUGGCUCUACAGCGCUUUGAGCUGAUGAUGAAGGAAAAGGAACUCCAGAAGAGGCGAACCAAGCUCAAGUACAAGGUGGAAACACGUGCUGCAAAGUGCGUCCAGAAAGGAUUCCGUAAGUUUGCGCUGCGUAAGAGAGAUGUGGCAGCUACAAAACUGGCGAGCGCAUUCCGUGGUGCUAAGCAAAAGCUACAAUUCCGCAAAGAGAAGCAUGCUGCUGUGGUAAUCCAACGAAAUGUCCGUGUUUGGCGUCGGAGAAGUCACUUUUCAGCGUUGACACAAUUCUACAGUAUGCUCAAGACGUACCAAAGAAUGAAGGCGAAUGAAGCGCAACGGCGCGCAUUGCGAGCUCAGGAACUGAAGUUUAAAGUGCAGACGCGAGCAGCACUUCGCAUUCAGGAUCUUUACCGAAGUUACCGAUUCAACAGGAGAACUUCGGCAGCGACAAGGAUACAGAGCUUGGUGCGUGCUCGGAUCGUGAGGAGCUGGUAUUUGCACUGCCGUCGGAGUGCGUGUCUGAUUCAGAGGAACGCACGGAUAUGGCGUCGUCAAGGACAGGUUCGAGCAUUGCUGGUGUUCCAGAACAUGCUCUUGCGAUAUCGAUGCAUGCAGCAGCAGGAAACACAGCGGCAAGAACGUAUUCGCCAGGAGCGGCUUCGUCGCCUUCAGGAAAGCGUGGAGCACCGUGCAGCGUACCGUAUCCAGUCUGUGUACCGCUUUUAUGCUUAUCACAAGAAGAUGCUGGCGGCUACGCUUAUUCAGGCGGCAUUCCGUGGAUUAAAGGAGCAGCAGCAGUACGCCAAAGUGCGUGCAAGUGUCGCUAAAGUGCAGCGUGCGAUCCGUUCUUGGUUGUCGAUGACAAGAUUUCGACGGGCUCUCUUCGUGCACCGCGCAGCAGUUUGCAUCCAGAAGUGUGCACACGGGUACAUUUCUCGCCAUCGCCGAUUUAACUUUUACGCUCUCCAGACCCAGCUUCAAAGGCUGCGGGUUUUGAUAUCAUGCUGGCGGAUCGAGUUCUGGUUCAGGAACCGCAUGAUGAGGUACCGUAAGAAACGCGCUUUGAUUGUGCGGGCUCGUUGGACGCGACUUCGUGCUGGAAUUGUGCAGAAACGUACCUCGGAUGUUCACAAGAUUACGAGAAGUUGGAGGUCGUUCUGCUUGAGGAGUGUUAUUGACGCACGGAUCCAGCACAAGCUACAGAUGCAUGCUGCUGCCCAACGUGUGCAGGUGUGGUGGCUUGACCUGUGCUGCAAAUGGGCAGAGCGCCAGCGGCGCGCCGAGGAACAGUAUCAGCGCGAGAUGGAGGCGAUGGCGAUGGCUAUGGCAAAGGCGCGCGCUGCGCGUAUUGUGGGUUCGUGGCUCCGCCAAAAGGUAAUAAUACCCUAUCGGGAACGUAACUUCCACUUCGUUGCAGUGCGGAAGCUCCAGGCGUGGUGGCGAGGAACGCUGGUCCGGGUGCACCACAGUACGCCAGAGGUAACGCAGCAGCGCAAAAAGCUGUCCACGAUGAAGUUGGUUGGCCAGGAGCAGCAAAUCGGUGCGAGUACUUCGUCCAGCACCAGUCUGCAACAGCUUCGGGUCAGGACGCACGAGGAGAGAAACGUUCAGACUGAGCAACCGCAGACGCUCGGAUCACGGUUGGAUAUGGCUCUGCACAUGCUUUUGCACGGCAAACGGCUACAAGAUAUGCUGUUUGCAAGCCACACUAUCGAAGUGUGCACGCGGUACUCGCGUGAGUGCUGCCGCAAGUGCGUUCAGCUCCAGAUUUCGUCAACGAUUUUUGCAGCCAUUCGUGGCUUGAACCGCAGCCGUCCACACGUAGAGCUUCUCCACCAGCUCCUGCUGGUGCUGAAGAACCUAACGGUGUAUCGGCGGUCAGCGGACAAGGUCAAGACAACACGAGCGGUUGCUACCGACGAUGACAAGGACCGCCUCGACGUUGAUUUGCGUGCUUUGGACACCUUGGUGGACCUGCUGCACAUCCACCGCGAUAUGCACCACGUUUUCAUCCUGUCAGCGGACGUGAUCAAGUACUACCUGGGUUUGCUGAAGCCUCUCGCUGGAAGGAAUCCAAACGUGCAAGAAAGUUGGAGUGAAGCCGAGAAACGCCUGAGCGGACUGCAGGAGCUGCUAUCGAGGAAGUUGGCGCUGUACAAUGCAACGGCCUCGUUCCGGCGCGUGAAAAAUGUUCCUGAAAAGAACAGCGCGAACAGCCUCAUGAGGAAGAUGAACCCCAAGACAGCCGUGUCCAUCAUGGAGCAGCUCGUCUUGCUGCUGGAGCGGUAA